CUUCAUAGAUGAUAGAAUGCUUGCAUGGAUGCUGGCAAUAUGUCAACCCCACUCGCAAUUCAUUUUAUUAUUGCAACAGCUAAAGCUUUGGGUCACAAUAUUGAAGAUCUGGUUAUUAAUUGUACAAGUUUGAGAAAACAACGCAAGGAAUAUCGUCGGCGUCAUGGUACAGAAAUUAUUGAGAAUUUCAAGAUCCCUGAAACAUUUGUGUUACACUGGGACGGUAAACUACUUCCUGCAAUGACUGGAAAGGAAAACGUAGAACGCCUAGCUAUUGUUUUAACGGCAGAUAAUAUAGAAAAAUUAAUUUCCAUUCCAAUUAUGAAAUAUGGAAUUGGUGAAGCAAUCGCCCAGUCCAUAUAUGUAUAAUUACUUAGAAAAAAUGAAUAUGAUAAAUUUGGUGGAAAUGGUAUGCUUUGACACGACAGCUACAAACACUGGUAAACGUAACGGUGCUGGAAUGUUGCUGGAACAAAAAUUGAAACGUAGCUUGUUGUGCUUGCCAUGCAGGCAUCAUAUUGCAGAAAUCAUACUACGAGCUGUAUUUGAAAUAUAUUUUGGAAAAUCUUGUGGCCCGGAAGUUGCCAUAUUUGAACGUUUUUCGCGGGAAUGGAACACUUUCAAUUUAAAAGAUCUUUCUAUUGGAAUCAUGGAUGAAGAAGUGCGACGUGCUUUAAAUACAGAGGAAUGUGAAGCCAAUAAAGAAUUUUGGAUCAAAAAUAUAGCAAAAGACCACAUUCGCCAUGAUUACAAAGAGCUAUUGCAACUCAUGUUUAUUUUCUUAGGUGGCAGCACCCCGAACUUUUCCUUUCGUGCACUUGGCGCGACGUCACAUGCCAGGUUUAUGUCAAAAGCGAUAUAUGCCUUAAAAAUGUUUGCUUUGCAAAAACAAUUUAAAAUGUCUUCCAGCCAUUUGAAUGGAUUCCGCAAUGUGUGUAUUUUCCUGGUGCGUCUUUAUAUUCCGUAUUGGUUUCGAACUACUAAUGCAGUCGAAGCACCAAAUUUGGAUUUGCAGCUGAUAAAAAACAUUGCCGGUUAUUACGACCCAAAAAUAUCUCUAGCCUUAUUAGAUAAAAUGAAAAAACACUUAUGGUAUCUGUCCGAGGAAGCCGUUGGUCUCGCCUUUUUCGAUUCUAAUGUGGACUUAAAUGUGAAAAGAAAGAUGGUUGAAGCACUAGCAUUAGAAAAGGAGUUUGAAAGCAAUGACGAUAAUGGCGUUUAUCUUCGUAAAAAUGUAAAUGCCAGCAUUGAAGAAAUGAAAGCAUUCAUAAGUAAAGAUUUAAGUUGUUUUGUAACGCAAAGAACUAGAAAUAUCUUUUCACGAUUGGAAAUAGACGUAAAAUUUUUCAACUUAGAUCCCUCAAACUGGUGCGAAAAUGCAGAAUAUUUAAAAGGUGUUCAAAUUCUCAAAAACGUCACUGCUGUUAAUGAUUCUGCUGAGAGGAAAGUAAAACUAAUAACAGAUUUUAACCGGCCUUUAACUCAUAGCGAAGAAGAUAAACAAUACUUGCUUCAUAUUGUCGAGAACUACAGGCAAAAGUUCCCUUCAUAUACUAAAACUUCGCUUUUGUAAUAUUAUUGAGACAUAUAUUAAUGAUUGAAAUGCAAAUUGUGGAAAAAUUGCGUCAUUUUAUUUUUUCUUUAAUAAAUAAACAGAUAACAGUAAAAAAACCAAGUGUUUUUCUAUAUUUUGAACUUUGACCUCAUUAUGGCACAGGUUGGCACACUCUGAUUGAGUUAAAAAUUUACCACAUGAAUUAUUACAUCGAAUCGCAUAUUUGACCAAUCCCCGUACUCAAAAUUCCAAAA